GUUUGAAAAAAGGGGGUUGCAGACUAGUAUUUUGAAUUGUCAUUACCACAAUUAAUAAAUAAAAUAUUUCAUAUAAUCUGAGCUCGAAAAAUAAUGUUUAUCUCCCACCAUACUCAGUGAAGAGGAGGUGAAAAAAAAAAAAAAGCUCACUGGAGAAAACCUGUAACAACAAGACGAAACUUGGCAGCAUAGUGACACACAUUGAGGCUCACGUUUAAAUGUUUACCAGUGAGGAAACUGACUAUAGUCAACAACCUCCUUGAUUUCUUACUGUGACGUCGCUAGAAUUUAACUGAUUUAUUAUCCGUCAGUGUUUAACAAAUACUAUCAACAUGCAGUACAUUUGAUCCAUUGAGUCAUACUUGAUUCUCAUCUCAUUUGCAUGACAGCCCCUACCCCUACUUACCCGUUACUAAGUAAACCUAACGAUCAUCCUCCCUGCAUGCGUCCCAUGUAUGUUUUCUACUCGGAGCUAAACUUUCCCAGAUUUAUUAAUUUAAUCAACUGAUGAAUUCAAUAAGGAAUGUUUUUAAUCGCACACAAAUUGUAUUUGAUAUUUUGUCCUUGACUUAUUAAAAUAGCAUCAGUGCAAAACAGGUAAUUAUAACAAAUGUGACGGUAAGUAAAGUCCUAAGAUGUUUAAUGGAGUCUUAUUAUAUUUGGUGAUAUUUGAAAAUUGCUUUGCAUUUCUUUUCAAUGUUAAGAAUUACAAAUUGGACAGUUUUAUGUCGGGUUUUAAAGUUUUUGAUUUUCCUUUCAUUUUGCCACUGCAUCUUUUAGCUGUCCUGACAAUAGGGGUGUUUUAUGUUUACAGUAAAUUGUGCACAACCAAGUCCUGCGAGCAGGACAUUUUCCAACUUGCUAAAGCACACAAAGCUUUUAUUCCAGGCGGCCUAGACCAUUUUUUUCUCCCAUUACACAGACUGUUGUUAAAAUAUUUUCAUUUCUCAAAUGUGGUUUUCUUUCAGCGUGAUCGUAUAACAAGUUUCAGGAAAACUGGCACAAAGAAGGAGAAGCCUUUUAUUCAGCACCCGACUGAUCCCAUCUCUACCCAAGCCGAACUCCCUCAGCCGCAGCCUUUCUUUGACGAGAGAUCCAUGAACCUCUCGGAAAAAGAAAUAGUUGACCUCUUUGAGAAGAUGAUGGAGGACAUGAACCUCAAUGAGGAUCGUAAAGCCCCUCUGCGUGGGAAGGAACUGGCCAUCAAGCGUGAGAUGGUGGUCCAGUACAUCUCGGCCACUGCCAAAUCUAUAACUGGGAGCAAAGUUGCGGUCACCGUGACUUUUUCCUGUGAAUUCAGCAUCUCAGGAGAGAAUCUGCAUUAAAUCUGAAACGAACGUUAUGGACGCGCCGAUCACAAUGUGAUUUUUAAAGAUCGAGGGUAAAGUUCAGCAGAGCACUACAAAGACAUAUGUUGGCUUCUAAUUGAAUUGCUGUUUGAUAACAAGCAACACAUCAUAAAGCAAGGACAGUCAGUCAUGACGCCGUUCUCUUCUGGCAAACUAAAUGUUAAAUAUUCAAGACGGAUGUAAGCAGUCGUUUGCUUUUCAACAUGAAUACUUUUGAAUUACAGAUUACAUUCUUUUAGUAGAGUUGAAUUUUUUUGUAUAGUACUUCGACAAAUGGAUUACAGGUAUGGCUCAGGUUACACAUUUUUAGUAAAAGUAAUCAAAAGUAAUUACAUGAAUGUAAAAUUUUUUUUUUUUUUGAUCUGCAAGCAGCUUAUAGUCAGUACUCUGUAAUUUAGGAUAUUUUCUACGACAAAUACUUUGUCUUCAUCGUCAUCCAUGUAGCAAAGUCUAACAAAAAAAAAAAAAAAAAAAAAAAAAAGGAAUGAGAAAUAC